UACCUGCGUGCAGCAACCUUUCAGUUCAUUUAAGAUCGUUGCUAAUCGAGGAAAAGUACUUUGGCGCGGUGCUCCGAUAUAUUUCACCUAGUUUUAAAAAUUAAAUAAGAAAAAAUUCCAGUUACCUAAGAUAUAAACAUGCCGUUCACACCUGUUGAAACACCUAAAUGCCCAAAAUGUGGCAAAUCCGUAUAUGCCGCUGAAGAGAGAGUAGCUGGUGGUUACAAGUUCCACAAAACCUGCUUCAAAUGCGGAAUGUGCAACAAAGCUUUAGACUCCACGAACUGUACUGAACACGAAAAAGAGCUGUUUUGCAAAAACUGCCAUGCCCGUAAAUAUGGUCCAAAGGGUUAUGGUUUCGGUGGUGGUGCUGGAUGUUUGUCAAUGGAUACUGGAGCACAUUUAAACAGAGAUGACAUUGAUGGUGUACGUAAUGGUGCCCGCUUAGAGCCACGAGUAAUUGCUAAAGCUCCAGAAGGCCAGGGUUGUCCCAGAUGCGGUGGUUACGUAUAUGCGGCCGAGCAAAUGUUAGCACGAGGCAGAGGAUAUCAUAGACGAUGCUUCAAAUGCUUGCUUUGCAACAGAACACUCGAUUCUACAAUGCAUUGCGAUGGCCCUGAUAAAGAUAUAUAUUGCAGAGGGUGUUAUGCUCAGAAGUUUGGCGCCAGGGGUUAUGGUCAUUUAGGAAUUUCUUCUAUGGGACUUAUGUCUGACAUAAGAGACGCCGAGUGGCAAAGCGACUUGGCACCAAAAGUAGCAGAUAUAGAUGUUGGAAAGAUACAAGCACGUGCCGGUGAAGGCUGCCCACGAUGUGGUGGCGUUGUCUUUGCCGCUGAGUUGGUGCUCUCGAAGGGACGCGAAUGGCAUAGGAAGUGUUUCAAAUGCAGAGAUUGCACAAAGACGUUGGAUUCUAUCAUUGCAUGUGACGGACCCGACAAAGAAGUUUACUGUAAGACUUGCUAUGGAAAAAAAUGGGGCCCUCAUGGCUAUGGAUUUGCAUGUGGAUCCAGUUUUCUGCAAACUGAUGGCAUGACUGAAGAACAAAUUUCUGCUCAGCGUCCAUUUGUAUGCCCUGAUACCACGUCAAUCAAAGCACCUGAAGGUGAAGGUUGUCCACGUUGCGGUGGCGCCGUUUUUGCCGCAGAGCAACAACUUUCUAAAGGCCGUAUGUGGCACAAAAAGUGCUACAACUGCACUGAAUGUCAUCGGCCAUUGGACUCGAUGCUUGCUUGUGAUGGGCCAGACAAGGAUAUUUACUGUAAAGCUUGUUACGGAAAACGUUUCGGUCCUAAAGGAUUUGGUUAUGGACACGCACCAACGUUGGUGUCCACUUCCGGUGAAUCCACAAUCCAUUUCCCUGAGGGUAAGCCGUUAACUGGGCCUCGUUCAUCAGGAGGUUGUCCGCGGUGCGGAUAUGCCGUUUUUGCCGCGGAGCAAAUGAUUAGCAAGAGCAGAAUUUGGCACAAGCGUUGCUUCCAUUGCGCUGACUGUAGAAAAUCUCUAGAUUCAACCAAUUUAAAUGAUGGUCCGGACGGUGAUAUUUAUUGUAGAGCAUGCUAUGGUCGCAAUUUCGGACCCAAAGGUGUUGGUUUCGGUCUCGGUGCAGGCACCCUUACCAUGACAUAAAGUACUUUUCCAUAUAUAUUUACAUACACACAUAAAUAAAUACAUAUAUGCAUGCAUAUAUAUAAUAUUAUAAAUAUAUAUACAUAUGUAUAUAUAUACAUACAUGUUGUGUGCGUAUUUAAAUAUAUGUAGAAUAUUAUUGUGUAUACAUAUAAAAACUAAACUAUAAUUAAAAUCGAACUUAACGAAAUGACUAUAAUUUUCAGCACGAAGUAGGUAUUAUAUAAUUAAAAACCGACAAAAAUAACUAAUCGAUCUUUUUAAACGAAAACUCGCGUUACAAAUUAGUUUACAUCGAGGACGAAGUUCAAUUCAUUAUUUAUUUAUUAAUUUUUAAAUAAAUUAUAAAAAGUGUGUAUAUAUUGAGAUGUUUAUAUUUAAACAUCACAUAUUUAUUUUUUCAAUUCAUUCAAUAACUUUUUGACACUGUUCUUCUAAAUAUUACCGUGUAUCAAUAAUUUGUAAGAAAAAUGUUGAAAUAAGCUAUUGAUUGACUUGCAUUAAUAAAAUAUGUAUAUACACAAUCAUUUCCGAAUACAUACUUUAUAUUUAGAAUUUUUGUAAUAAAUGACAACAAAAGUGUAAAUAUGUAUGUACGCAUAAUGCAAAAGUUGUCGCCAAGUAUUUAUGUAUAUUAGUGCCUUUUGUAUGAUUGUGCGUAUUUGAGAACAAAAUAAAUAACGAAGAACCCUAA